AGGAGGAAGUUGUCCUGACCUGACCAUGGAAAUGACUAGUCUCCUCUCUGAACCCUGAACCUAGUUGUCACUGAAUAAUCCGAGUGUGGUAAAACGAAUGCAUUGAUGAGUUUUAUGUUUGUUCCAAGUUCAGAAAUAUUUUAAAAAUGCAACCUCCACCGAAGCCAUGGGAAGGCGGGCCAGUAAAUAGGUAUCCAGCCCAAAUCAACACAGCAGGGCGCCGUUUUGUUAUGCAAAGUGGACCUCCGCUCCUACAUAGCUCAUCUCCAAGCUCAACUCUACCAGGAGGGGCUACGUAUCUGCAACCAUCUACGAAUCCUCAGAGGCCUCCUCCUCCACCUAGAAGGGCACAUGGCGUCUCAGGUCCUAGUCAGACAACUGGACUUAGAUCUCGGAUGUCAUUACCAUACUCAAGUUCACCUUAUGGCGGUCUUGCUGGUGGAUAUGGGAGUUAUGGUGGAUAUGGUGGAUACGGUGGAUAUGGGAGUUAUGGAGGCUUAGGAUCUUACGGUAUGGGUGGCAUGGGUGGCUAUGGAGGAUUUAACUCCUAUGGAUAUGGUUAUGGUAUGAAUAGAUAUGGAGCGCCAAAUCCUCAUGACCCAGAAAGCAGGUUUAUUCAGUUAGCAGAAGAGAGUUCGAGACCUGCAUUUCAAUCUAUUGAGUCACUUGUUCAAGCUUUCCACUCAGUAAGCAUGAUGCUAGAUUCAACAUUCAAUGCUGUUUAUACAUCAUUUCGUGCUGUUCUUGGGGUUGCUGAAAAUUUUGGCCGCCUUAGAUCUUUGCUGGGACAAUUUUUCUCAUCAAUAGCUUUCUUCAGAGCAUUCAUUUGGCUCUACAAGAAAGUUCUCUACUUAUUAGGUCUACGGCGUGAAAACCCGAGUCAGGAUCAGCUGUGGCAAGCAGCUGUACAAGCAGCUGGAGAAGAGAUGGCAACUGCAGCUGGAAAGCCAAAGUCUUCCUGGCCUAUUUUGAUGUUUAUGGGUAUUGUGUUCAGUGGACCAUACCUUAUUUUUAAACUCAUGAGUUCCCUCAACAGUUCUGUGGAGAGCACAGAAGCUGGCCCCCAGAAUGAGUCAUGGAAUCCUGAUCAGAGGCCUGGUACUCCUGCCAUUGCUAUGUAUGGCUUCACAGCUCAAACUGAGGAUGAGUUGAGCUUCUACCCAGGCCAAAGAGUUCAUAUUGCUCCUGCUUCUUUCCAACGCAAGGAAUUACAAGGUUGGCUUCUGGGAAAAGUUGAGGGAAGUCCACAAAUAGGCCUAGUGCCAUACAAUUACUUAUCAGCAGCAACACAGAAUACACCUGUGAAGAAUACAAUAUCUGAAACAGUUGCAAAACCACAAAGUAGUGAGAUAUUGGAUAGCCCUUCUGUUGAACCAGUUGCAGAAGCUGAAUCUCCAUUCCCCAUAGAACCUGGUACAGAUAAGAACUAAGGUGUUGUGGUUUCUCCAUGUUUUAUUCCUGUAACUAGUGAAUAUUUGGACUCAUUCCUAUUUCAUAUUCUUCAAAGCAUUUAUUUAUAAUGAGAGGAGGCUGUAUGUUUGUUUUAUUUCUCUGAAUGUGAUAUUCUUGACUUAUUUUAUAUAGAUAUAUACUGUAAAUUUUGUUUUUAACAAGUAGAUUGAAAAUCUAGCACCAUGGAGUAAUAUAUCUUUAGUUUCAAAAUGAGUUUACCCCACUGUGAUCUUUCUGGUAUGAGGACAACCCACAUUAUUCUUAAGCCACAUAGGCAACAGCAGGGCAUCGUAAUGUAACUUGUGAUGAAACUGCAUGAAACAGAAUAAAAUUGCAGUUUACAAGCGUUUUUGAAGCAUUAUACAUGUGAAUACUUCGUUUUCUCAACCCUUCAAAAAUGCAUUAUAAUUGCAAUUUUAUUUUCAUUCUGAUGCGUUACUGUUAGGCAUGUCAUUAUGGUAUGACGCCCUGGGCAACAGCAGCAUUGGGACCUCAUUGUUUGUGAACACAGGUUCUGGAGAGUCAUAUAAGGUACAAUACCAAGCAAGCAUGAUAUUGAAACAAGUUUUCAAAACCACUUCUUGCCAUUCAAGUAAUGUAAGCUAAAUUUGUGCUUUAAGUUAUGGCAAGUUACCAAUAUUAGUAUUGUUUACUUUUGUUUAUAAAGGCUAUUUGUUGUGCCAAUAUAAUUUGUAUUUGAGUUUAAGGUUUAUAAAUAAAAUAAAAGUAAGUUGA